ACAACAUGGCUGAUUUAGUGGCUGUCUGGGAAGUUGCUUUAAGUGAUGGUGUUCACAAGAUUGAAUUUGAACAUGGGACCACAUCUGGCAAACGUGUUGUGUAUAUAGAUGGAAAGGAAAUAAUGAGAAAAGAAUGGAUGUUCAAACUGGUAGGAAAAGAGACAUUUACUGUUGGGGAGGCCAAGACAAAAGCUACAAUUAACAUUGAUGCAGUCAGUGGCUUUGCAUAUGAAUAUACCUUGGAAAUCAAUGGAAAGAGCCUUAAGAAGUACAUGGAAAAUAGAUCAAAGACCACAAACACUUGGGUGUUAACCCUGGAUGGUGCUGACUGUAGGAUCGUGUUAGAGAAAGACACAAUGGACAUCUGGUGCAAUGGUAAAAAAAUGGAAACAGCGGGUGAAUUCGUAGAAGAUGGGACAGAAACCCAUUUCAGUAUUGGAAACCAUGAUUGUUGCAUUAAAGCCGUUAGUAGUGGGAAGAGAAAAGAAGGAAUUAUUCAUACUCUUAUUGUUAAUGACAGAGAAAUCCCAGAAGCUUUGGAAUAAUCUUCAGGUGUUCUGGCUGCUGCAGAUACAAAGAUCAGGGAUUUUCAAUUAUUGUGGUAAUUGACAAUUUUAAUAUGUACUACUUGGUACAUUUCACAUGUGCGGUUUUAUUUUCUAGUUACUGUAUAUUAAAUUUAUUGAAGGAUCAAAUAAGAAUGUAAAAUUAUGCAAAACCUCCAGCAUUCCUAGCUAUUUUGUAAAUUAUAUAAAUAUAUAUUAUGACACCAAAGGGGAAUUUUGACUAAUGUACAAAUUGUAUACAUGGAAAAUUUUAAUACAAUAAAAAUGCAGA